AUGGGGAAUUCACAUGGAUUGCAUGGCGUGGAGGGGCAAACUAUAGGCGAUAGAUUUCACCAAACAUCGUCUACCAGCCUUGUGGAGGAGCUUGCCUUUCUACGAGGCGAGGCGCUUUUGGGAGAACACACAAACACAAACAUUCUCGGGCAUCGCAACCCAAAUUCCACCAUUUUCACAGACCGCAACAAGACAACUCAACAGCCUUCCUCGUUUUCCGCUCUUCCUGUUUUUCAAACCCCAGUCAUCACCUUCCUGGCAAACACGUUCCCCAAAUGCGUCGAUAAGAAAAGGCUGCCUUAA